AUGCCUGCUCUAUUGAAGAAAUCCACCGCUCUCCAGCCCGGGGAGCUAGUCCUUGUCACCGGCGCCAACAGCUACAUUGGUUCACACGUUGUGGACCUCCUCCUGUCCUUGGGAUAUAUUGUACGAGGCACCAUCCGUGCUGAGAAACCCUGGCUCGAUGAGUACUUUACAACAAAGUACGGCACUGGCAAAUAUGAGAGCGUGGUUGUUCCUGAUGUUGCCCAGAAAGAGUCUCUGGUCAAGGUGUUGGGUGGUGUCAGCGGGCUUAUUCACGUGGCCUCAGAUCUAUCUCUAAGUACAGAGACAGACAAGGUGAUCAAUAAUGUUAUCGCUGCCACUCGAUCUAUGCUAGAAGCAGCAGCCGAGCAAAAGUCUAUCAAGAGGGUCGUCCUUACUUCAUCCUCGUCAGCAGCUAUUCUUCCAAAGCCCAACGUGGAGGGAAUCGUCAUCACUGAAGAUUCAUGGAACGACGAAAUAGUCAAAAUCGCAUGGGAAGGUACCCCCGAGACUCGCAACCCGAUGUAUGUCUACGGUGCUUCCAAGACUGAAGGAGAACGAUUUGCACACAAAUGGGUCAAGGAGAACAACCCUCCUUUCGUUUUCAAUGCUGUUCUCCCGAAUAUGAAUAUUGGACGUUUCCUUCAUCCCAAUUUUAACGGGUCUUCUGGAAAAUACAUCUUGGGACUUGUGGAUGGGAACAGGUUGCUAAUGGACCUUGUGCCACCUGAAUACUACGUCAACGUCGAAGACGUAGCCCGCAUCCACGCCAUCGCGCUCCUCGACCCCGAAGUCAAAUCCGAACGCCUCUUCGCAUUCGCCCACCCUUUCCGAUGGACCGACAUUAUCAAUCUUCUUCGCAAAUAUCGUCCCGACAGCGACAAAAUUCCCAAUCCUCCAGAGAAUGAAGGACACGACUUGAGUGUGGUACCACCCGCGAAGAGGGCGGAGGAGUUACUCAAGGAGUGGUUUGGACAGCCUGGCUGGAUCUCAUUGGAGCAAUCUGUCAAGGAUGGGCUUGAAACUUAUAGUUCUUAG